AUGUCGGGUCACGUGUCCGACGUUCGCGGCUCUACGGAGAUCACCGUAGAGCCUAACUUACAACUACGGUUCGUGAUGGCACCUCACACUGAUGUGAGCAUUGUUGCUAAUGCGAGCUUGAUUGCUCCGUUUGAAGAGGCAGAAAAGCGUUCUCAAUCCCAUAGCGUGAAGAAUGACCAGCUAUCUUCCGCCACCGAUUGUCCGACGACCGAUGACGACGGUCGCGUAGCCACUGAAGACGAAGUGCACAAUCUCCUCAACUACUGGGCGACUACCCCUUUGCAGAACUACCUUCAAAAUGCACCCGGAGGCGAAGUCCCCGGGGCCCUCGAUCUAGGACAGGCAUCGGCAUCUAAUGUUAUGAAUGCGCUCAUGAUCGGGUCUUACAUUACCCCUAUUCCUGCUGCCGUUGUUGCUGAUAGUUGGCUUGGUCGCUACAAAACUAUGCUCUAUGCUGCUAUCAUUGAAUCUAUCGGGGCAACAAUUCUAUUUGCAACUUCACUGCCUGCUGCUAUUCACGGGGGAGCUGCUCUCAGUGGCGUAAUACCCGCAUGUAUAUUGCUCGCUGUGGGAUCCGGAGCAUUCAAAACCACUGUGGUUCCGUUUAUUGCCGACCAAUACGAGCAAACCGAGCCUCGAAUCCACAUCAAGAAGACGGGCGAGAAGGUAGUCACUAGUCGAGAGUUGACUAUUACGUAUAUCUACAAUGCGUUUUACUGGGCUGUGAAUGUAGUGGGUUUCUUUGCCGAUUCCACACCAUUGCUGGAGAAAUAUGUUGGUUUUUGGGUCGCUUACUUAAUUCCUUGCUGUUGCAUGUGGUUAGCCCUGAUCCCGAUUCUUCUCGGCCGCAAUUACUUUAUUCGGGAAUCCCCAACAGGUAACAUCAUGCCUGAUGUGGUGUCCGCCUUGCGCUAUGGCAUAGCCGGUGGCUUCCAAAUGGAUUCUGCAAAGCCGGACGUUCAGCUUCAACAUGAUCGUCAAGUCACCUGGACUGACUCUUUUAUCGAAGAUAUUAAGCGAAGCCUUCUAACCUGCCGAGUGUUGAUCCUUUUCCCCAUUCACUGGCUCUGCUAUAAUCAGACAUUCAACAAUUUGAUCUCUCAGGCUGGGCAAAUGGUCACCUACGGCAUCCCAAAUGACAUGAUAAAAAUCACCGGGGCCAUUUCCGGCAUAGUCGUCGCGCCUAUGAUCCAGAAAGGGCUAUAUCCUUUCCUUACGAAGAAACAUAUCUCGUUCAGUCCGAUUGCACGUAUGUCAGUCGGAUUCGCCGUUCUGACCCUUUCUAUGGUCUACACAACCAUAGUUCAAAAGCUUGUUUAUCAGACAGGGUCGUGUUAUGACACCCCUCUAGCGUGCCCGGCUGCUCUUGGUCGUACCGUACCUAACCAGGUUUCUGUUUUUCUUCAAACCCCUAUCUACUUCGGAGGCGCGGUGGCGGAAGUCUUGUGCCUGACCACGGGUACCGAGUAUGCCUAUAACCAUGCCCCUAAGAGGAUGAAAACUCUGGUUCAAUCCAUUUGGCUCGCUAUGGCCGGGUUUGGAUCGUGCUUAGCCCUUGCGUUUACGCCGCUGACCAUGGAUCCUCACUUGGUCACGAUGUAUGCUAUAUUGUCCGGACUUUUAGGUGGGGCAACCAUCCUGCUAUAGGUGCUCUUCCGGAACGUAGACAAGGUCAAGAACGAAAGUGAGUGAUGGAAUCGUUGGAAACAUUAGUCGUGGGGUUAAUGUGUGGUGAGAAAUGGUGUAGAGGAGGAUCUGAGAGUGAGAUGGGAAUUUGUCCAUACCCCCUACCCAUGCUGGCAGGGGUUUAGCACGGAAUAAACUAACAAUUGGCAGAUUCCUCUAAGAAUAGUGACUAAAAGUUAUAGAAUUCAUUUAAUCCAAGGGCUGAAUCAAUUACA